GUGAGAAAUAAGUUCCAAAUGUGUGCAUAUCGGACCUUCGAUAUUAUAAACUCCGCAUCCUACUCCCGAUGUCGACAGCACCAGUGACAAACGACUGCAGGCUCUUUCUUCAGAUAUGUUCGGAAGUAACACAGUGCAAUCUUCCUGGGCAAAUCCUCAACAGAAUCAGAGCCAACCGCAGAGUUCUGGUUUUGGUCAACCUAGCGGCUUCGGACCCGGAACAGGCUUUGGAUCAACAGGUGCUUUUGGUCAGCCCCAGCAGCCACAAGCCAAUCCAAUGUUUGGCAAUUUGGCGAACCCAAGCACGGGAACUUCAGCAUUUGGCGCAUUUGGCCAGAAUCCACCACAACCAGCUGCGGGUACCUCAGCAUUCGGAGCUCCAAAGCCUGCCACGGGCUUAUUUGGAGGGGGAGGCACCUCAGCUUUCGGAAGUGGCAGUAACACUUUUGGCUCAACAGCUGGGACGGGGCCCACGGUUUUCGGAUCCAAUCCCAACACUGGGGGUGCGUUUGGUUCUUUUGGACAGAAUAGAGCCACCACUGGCUUUGGUGUUACCUCUCCAACCACUGGCAAUGACACCACUGCGCCUGUCACAACAGGCACAUCGAAUCCCCCCUACAACUCCUUCAGUGAAAAGGAUCCGACGUCAACAUCUACCCUGCAAUAUCAAACAAUAACGGCUAUGCCCGCCUAUCGAGGGACGUCGCUUGAGGAGCUUCGUUAUCAAGAUUAUCAACAGGGACGGAAGACUGCAGGGGCAUUUGGUCAGCCGUCCUUUAGUGGCACAGCAACUACCCAACCAACGAAUUUAUUCGGAGGUGCCCCUGCGCAACCUGCCACCACAUCUAUAUUCGGCGGUGGUGCCGGCGCGGGGACAGCGUUCGGAAGCACGGGAACAACAGCAGGCAAUCCUGGUACCGGCUUUGGAGCUUUCGCGCAACCCCAGCCCGCGCAACCGGCGACAGGUACUGGAACGGGAAUGUUUGGGUCAGCCUUCGGUCCACCUCAACAGCCACAGCAACAACAGCCACAGCAACAACAACAGCAGCAACCUUCAACCUUUGGUUCCUUCGGGCAGCCACAGCAGCCAGCCACAACUGGGACCAGUAUCUUUGGUUCGGGUGGUACAUUUGGGCAGCAGAACAAGCCCACCACUGGCUUCGGGAGUGGUACCUUCGGGUCAACAACAGGCGGCGCGUUCGGUUCUACAGGAACCUUUGGACAACCAGCCAGCCAGCCUACUGCAGGUACCACAGGCAUUUUUGGUCAACCCCAACAGCAGCAACCUGCAACUGGGAGCACAUUCGGUGGUUUUGGUUCGAACACGACUGCUGCCAAGCCGUCGAUUUUCGGUCCGCCUGUUCAGAGUGGCACAACGUCUACCGGCUUUAACACGUUUGGCAAUCAGCAGCAGCAGCAGCAGCAGCAACCUCAGCAGCAACCUCAGCAGCCGCAAGCGGGUAGUAUAUUCGGGAAUACGGGCGGUGGCCUGUUUGGCCAGACCCAACAGCAGCAACAGCAACCUCAACAGACUGGGUUAUUUGGUUCCACCCCAGCUCAACCUCCAGGUGGCCUAUUUGGAGGUUCGACGGGUGGAGGUUUAUUUGGGAAUGUCCCACAAAAUCAGCAGCAGGCCCAACAGCCCGCUCAACAGGGUGGGCUUUUUGGAACCAAACCGGCCACUGGCGGGGGUUUAUUUGGCAAUACGUUUGGUCAGACGGGCACGACGGGAACAAUAGGCUCGCAACCCCAAACGAAUCUUUUCGGGCAGCCUACGGGUCAAACAACGAACCAGCAAUCAGCAGCUGGCACGAACGCGUUGGGCACAUCUUUAUUUGGCCCCAAACCCGCUGCACCUGGUCUUGGCACCUCAAUAUCAACGGGUAGCUCCUUAUUUGGAAAUGGACAAUCAUUGUCUGGUCUCAACUCCUCUGCUACUGUUCCUGGACCACAGGGAACUCUGUUCGCCUCCAUUGCUGAACCUCUUUCUCAGAAUCUGCCAAUCUUCUCGAUGCUCCCUCCUGGCCCGCGUGCCGUAGACCUUGACCAACAACCCAAAAAGAAACCCGGCUUUUUCGUCGACGUUCCUACACGUUCGCCUGUUCCAUAUCUGCAGCUCGGUUAUACCCCCGCUAAUUCGAAGCUGCGAGGCUUUGCGACAUCAACGUCGGGGACUGCGCUCGGGUCCAGCACGAGUCCCUUCGCCACAUCAUUGACGAAUGGGAAAUCCAAUGCGUUGGCACUUAGUCGCCUCGAUGGGAAGGGUCCUGAUGGAUUGUUGGGGCGAAGCUCCACGCCAUCUCUAGGAAGUGGGGGACGUCAGAGCGUGAAGAAAUUGAUACUGGACAAGAAAGUUGAGCCUGCAGACCUCUUCAGUCAAUCUGGUUCGCGCGCUAGUCCCAGCAGAGUAACGUUCAGCCCUGCCCUUGGCCAGGCUGCACGCGAAAAGGAAGUUGCAAGAGAGAAAGAAGCCGCCGUCAGUGCAACACCUGCUGCUCCUCAAGUGGAGACUCCGACGCCUAUCACUCGCAAAGUUCCCGGUCGCUUUUCUGCACAGAGCACCACCAAUGUGUUGGGCUCCCAAUCGACCUCACCUGAAAAAGAGCCUCCAGCACCAGCAGCAUUGCAGCAUGGUAGCUACUGGGUGAAGCCCGACCUCCCGACCCUCGUCAACCUUGGUUACGAGGACCUAGUGGCAUUCAAGGACCUCAUCGUUGGGCGUGUCGGCUAUGGCGAGAUCCAAUUCCUGGAACCAGUCGACCUCACUAAUCUUCCAAGACUUGGCGCUCUCCUGGGCGAGAUUGUCAAGUUUGAUGAUAAAGAGUGCAGCGUUUACCCGGAUACUGACGAUGCAGACAAACCUGCACCGGGCUCAGGGCUCAAUGUUCGUGCACGCAUUAUUCUUGUCAGAUGCUGGGCGACGGAUAAAGCAACUCGCGAGCCCAUCAAGAAUGAGAAAGAUCCUGGUGCAGUUAAGCACCUGAAGCGGUUGAAGACGAUCAAGGAGACCCACUUUGAGGGCUUUGACAUUCGGGAGGGAAAAUGGACAUUCACUGUGGAUCAUUUCUGAGCAUGGUUCUCGUUACAUGUGAGGUGUUGGUUCUCUGUCGGCAUACCUGUGCGGUGCAGUAGUAUUCCUCUCCAUAUAUUUGUAAGUGUUGUCUAUGCCAAAAGUGCUGUUCUUAGUUUAGGUGCAGUUAGGAAUACUUUGUACGCAAGUA